AGUAUCGUUACGUGGUCACAGCAAGCUGUGCGAUGGUACCCGUAGGCGUAAAACGUGUCUCGAGCCGUUGAUGAUUACAGAAAAGUAAAAUGAAACUUACUCGCGUUCAUCUGUACGGAAUAAUGAUGAAUCCUGGGAUUCCUGAUUCCAUUAUUUAUAAAAAUAAUCGUCGCCGUUAUUAAGAGAGCAUUUUAUCGUUCUAAGAAGAAUCCUAUCACUUCGUAUUCUCGGUAACUCUUAAAUAUAUUUAUCAAGAAAACUGCGCGAAGCAGUUUUCCAUUUCCCCUUCGCUGUUAGUGGAAUAGAAUAUGCUUUGUGAUUUCAUUAAUUCCAAGAACUGCGAACGUUACAUAUUAUUUAUAGUAUAUCGAGGAUCAUACAAGGUUCCGUUGGAGCAAUGCCAUUCCCCUACUACGACACUAGACUCGGGGCAUUUUAGAGGAGCGUCGUUUUCAUCUAUCUCAGAAAGCACGUGACAGUAGCACGCAACUCGGCGAGUCCUAAUGGUUUUCCCGACUCCAGUCGCAUUGUUCUCGGUAAAUUAUAGAGUCGAUAUUAAGCAGCUCGCGUCGCCCGGUGACUUGGUCUAGAUGAAUAAUUGGAGUCGCUUAACGGUUUCCAACGAACGUGUCGGAUUAUGUGUUCGGACAUUGUUCGAACGCGUGAAUUAAUUAAGCGGAUAACGUCCUUGAGUAAACUGGUAAAUCCCGUGCCGAAGGAAACCCUGACGUUAUAACAGUGACGUCACGAACGCGAAUCGUGAAUCAGCUCGUUUCGACCGAGUGAAUGGAAGCUCUAUCAACUUGCGUGCAACAGAUCGGUUCCGUCUAAGCGCGGUGGCAGUGGUGCGCGAGUGCGCAAACUUCUACCCGUCGCGUACACGGUUGGCACAUACGCAACGUGUAUCGCGUUAAUAUUCAACUGGGGUAGAUACCGCGAACCGUGAACCGUAAACCGCAAAUUUGCAUUGUCGCAACUGUGAUACGGUUGAAUCGUUUCACGCGGCAAAUCGGGGAAACGAUCGGCGAAUUGAGAAAAUUAGCUGUUUCCAUGUUGGACCUUCAGAACCGUGCGUUUCCUGUGCACUAACAAUAGGAGUGGUGCGUCGAAAAUCCUUUUGUUCCAUUUGAAGAGGUGUCAUGGAAGAGAAAGAGAUGGAUCUAUUAAAAGACAAAGGAGAUGAGAUUCUCUACAUGGAUGACGUUAGGGAUGAAGUGUCUCAGCCGUUGACGUCUAAGGAACUGGAGGGUAUUACCAUUGGGCCGCGACUGGGUGCCCUGCUAGAGACAGACAAUACGAAUAAUCCCCGGCCAACUUCUGGACCAGAGAUCGAUGACCUCAAACCGGAAGGGAAACCGUCAAUUGGGUUCGAUCAUCGGGGGAUAGACGAUGGUUUGCUACCGGAAGAUCCUCGGAUACCGGACAUUCCCGUGUUCCCAGACAGCAGGACACCGUUCUUCCCAGUUCCUCCGAUUCAGCCGAUUCCCGAUGUAAACAUCUACCAACACAAGAAAACGCUGGCGCAAGGAAUGAUGGAUUUAGCUCUCUUGUCAGCGAAUGCGAAUCAGUUGCGUUAUGUUCUGCAGACCGAUGGAGGUCACCCUUAUUACUAUCCGUCGCUGGUUAUGAUAGGCGCCAGUUUAUUCUUGCAAAUCGCGGUGGGGAUAGGACUGAUCUGGAACAGCAGAUACAAUGUCAAAGACACCGCUCAAAUGUGCAAGGCUGAGAGAGCAAACAAUUGGACAGUGAUCGGUAUAUUUUUAGUGACUAUCCUUAACGUGUUCAUCUCAUCCUUCGGGGUGGUUGACGUGGUGUCGUACACACCGGACACUGGUAUAAAGCUCACUUAAAAGUACCUUCUAAUUGUAAGAUUAUUGUGUUCACGUGUUAGCUGUAUGUUCGUGCAUUUUUCUUAUUUUAUUAUAAACAUUAAAGUUGGAUACAAGACGGAAUUAAUUGUAACAGUUUCUUUAAUUCCUUGGAUAGUUUCUCCUUUUUUUCUGAUAGACUUUCGGUUUCUUUGUUUAAUUCUGUUGAGAUCUCUGAGAAUAAAUUUUCCAUUCCCUCGCGGUCAUUUUGAGCUAUCAACAAGCGCGACGCAUAUUUAAAUUUAUAGUCUUGACAAUCAGAGUUCUUUUUGGAAGAUAAAACUUUAAGUUUCUCUUGCAUAAUAUCGUGUAGUGUGGAUAUAAAUUUGAAAAUUUCAUCCCAGUUUAUGUCAUGUAAACCAGAGCUCAAAGAUUUAUGGUGCUCCUCCACUACUGUUACCUAAAAAUUUUAUCAUACCAUCAUGGUAUUGUCUUUCCGGGUAUGUAACUUAAGAACAUUGUAACCAUUUGUAAAUUUACCAUCCAUUUAAAGAAUAUACACUCUUUUCUCAGCCACUUCACGUGGACAUCCAAUAAAUUUCCAAUGGUAAAUAGUUCCUUUAAAUAUUUCUGAUCCUCCUCGGAUGGCACACUUCUUUUACUGGUUGCUAUACGCUUUAUUAGAGCCAGUUCCGAUACAGAUAAAUGAGGGAGGCCACUAACAUUAGUAGUUACCGCAUGAACUCUGCUUAUUAAAUUAGCUCUCUCCUUAACAAGAUUGGAUAUUUCUCUGAUAUUAUAGUUCACUUUACCAUUUAAAUGUAUAAUAUCGUUUAUCUGAUCAAUCUGGGUUUCUGGUACAUUAUACGCUGCUUCUUUUCUCUAAAAGAAUGUAUGACAACUUCAAUAUACUUAGAUUAAAAUUUCUACUUAAUGUACACAUAUAAAUACAUUAGAGAUUAUGUAUUGUAAAUACAUAGAUUACAAGUUACUUUAAAAUUAUUCAAGUAUGAACAUUCUCUUCCAAAAACACUGUUAGCCACAAUCGUUCGGACUACGAUACGAAGAGCAUCUUGACUUCCGAGAAGCCAGGCAAAUGCUAGUAAUAAUUGUCUACUGUUUUUAUCAUUUUCGUUACAAGCAUAAAACUUAACCGCAGGAUAUUGUAA